AUGACAGAUUUACAUAUAUAAGGUCAUAAUAACAACGAAGAGUAAUAAGAAGUUUCAGAAUAGUCUAGUGAUGAGGAAUUAGAUGUUUUUCAUUAUUAGGAAGAAAAGUAAUGAUUUAUGAUUGAAUAUUAGAGAGAAAUAUCCGAUGCUAGUUAGGUUAUUAGAAAAUGUGAUAAGCUAAUUGUUAGUUAAUUUAUUGACAAUUUAUGCCUUAUAUGGAGAUGACAUCAGAAUAAUAUGUUUUGAUAAAAGAGCAGAUAUUGUUUUUGAUGGGAUAACAAUAUUUUGCAUAGUAAAUAUUAGAAUAAUAAAAAUUUAGAUUAUAUUUUCUACUGAAAUUGUUAUCACAUCAAUAGUAAGAAAGGAUUAUUUUAAUUCAUUUUUUUUUUGGCUUGAUAUAAUUUCUACAGUUUCUUAGAUCCUUGAUAUAACGUUAUUUAAUAUAGCUGUAGGUUUAGAGUAAAUUUAUAUUAUAAACAGUAGAGGUUCAGUAUCAGCUAAAACAGGAUCUGAUUUAUAAUAAGCAAAUAAAGCUUCAAAAACAAGUUCGAAAGCAGUACGAGUUGUUAGAUUAGUAAGAUUAAUUAGAAUUGUGAAGUUGUAUAAGGCAGCAAAUUAUUAGAAUGUAGUAAGUUUUCAAAGAAGUAACACUAAGUUAAAUUCUACUAUUAUUAUUAAAAAUCCAAAUCAAACACAAAUAUAUCCUUUAUAAAAUGAGAAUAGAGAUAUACCACUUUAAGAUUAAUUAAGAGAGAUUCCACACUUUAAUACAAUUAAUGGACACACAGUUUAAUCAAAAGAUUAACUUAACAAUAUGACAAGUGUUAUUGAUGGUUAUGAUUAAGGCAAUAGUUAUGAAUAGCGACGUAGUUAAAAAUAAAUAUUACCUGAAAGUUAUUACAUUUAAUAAUAAUAACAAAAUGAGGAUAUUACAGGUAAAAUAUAGGAAAAAGAACAUAAAGAAUAAAAAUAGAAGAAGGAAUCUAGAGUUAGUAAAAGAUUAUCUGAUGCAACAACUAAAAAAGUAAUUUUAUUAGUAAUAUUGUUACUAUUAAUUAUGCCUUUAUUUAGUUCAGAUUAUUAUUUUGAAUAAUCAUUAAGUUUAGAAUAUGCAGCAUAAUAUUUUAAAGCUGUAGCUGAAAUUCCAAAUACAAGAUUAUCUGAAAUAAAUGAAACAUUAAAUUUUGUAAUAAGUCAACAUGAUUAAUUUGAUACACCUGUAGGAUUCAUAAGAAAUCCAUUCAUAGAUAUACCAGAUUACCAAAGGGAUAAUUAUGAAUAUUUAAGAGAAAGUGCAAAAAGUUAUUAUUUUAAAUAUGUUAAUCCAAUAUUAGUAGGAUUAGAUUACAUAGGAGAUCCAAUAAUUUUAUUUGUAUCAGAUAAUUCAUAGGUAGAGAAAUUAAAUUCAAUUAUAAACAUUGUUAAUACAUUGUUUGUCAGUUGUGUCUUAUUAUUUGGAGCUUUAGCCUUUGCAAAUGAUGCAAAAAAUGUGGCAUUAGCUCCAAUAGAAAGAAUGAUUGCAAAAGUAAAUGUUAUAGCUAGAAAUCCUUAAGAAGCAAAAGAGAUGAAAUUAGAAGUAGAAUAGUUACAAAGAGAAACUACAUAAAUUGAAAAUGCCAUAAUUAAAAUAGGAGCCUUGUUAGCCUUAGGAUUUGGGGAUGCAGGAUCAGCUAUUAUAGGAACUAAUAUGGCAUCAUCAGGAGAUGUAGAUCCUAUGUUGCCUGGCAAAAAGAAAUUAGCUAUUUAUGGAUUCUGUGAUAUAAGAAACUUUACAGAUGCAACUGAAGUAUUAUAAAAAGAUGUCAUGGUUUUUGUUAAUAGUAUUGCUGAGAUAGUUCAUUCAAUGGUAAAUAGAUAUUAAGGUUCAGCUAAUAAAAAUAUUGGAGAUGCUUUUCUAUUAGUAUGGAAGAUCUCUGAUCAUUCUUGGUAUGAGGAAAAUGGAAAAAUUAGAUGGUAAUAUUAUUGUUAAUAUAAUUAAGGAAAAACUUAGAACAAAUCAAUAUCAUUGCAGAUUGCUCCUUAUUUUCUUUUAUGAAGAUAUUUGCUAAAAUUAAUAGAGAACCUAAGAUAUUAGAGUAUCGUAAAGAUACAAGAUUAACAUAAAGAUUGCCAGGAUACAAAGUAAAAAUGGGAUUCGGAUUGCAUAUAGGUUGGGGAAUUGAGGGAGCUAUUGGUUCUGAGUUUAAAAUUGAUGCAUCAUAUCUUAGUCCCAAUGUAAAUAUGGCUUCUAGAUUGGAGGCUGCUACUAAAUAAUACGGAGUCUCUAUUUUGAUUUCUAGUGAUCUUUAUCUUCUUUUCUCUCAAGAUUUUAAAAAGUAUUUAAGAUAAAUUGAUAUGGUAACUGUUAAAGGAAGUGUAAGACCUAUUGGACUUCAUACUAUUGAUAUUGAGGCUGAUAAUCUUCCUUCAAGUAAAGAAGACUAUUCUCAAAAUGAAAAGUUUUAAGUUAUGGAUUAAAAGAGACAAAUAUUUGUAAAUUAAAUAGAAGCUGGAGAAUUCAAAUCUGAAAAUCAUUUAAAUAGAAAUAAAGAUCUUAUAUUAAUUAUGAAUAAUUUUAAUCCUGAAUUCCAAGUAUUAUACUUUUAUAUAUCUAAGGCAUAAUUUAGUCAAGGAUUUUAGGGAUACUUAUUGGGUAAUUGGAAAGAAGCCCAAAUGUGGUUUGAAAAAGCUAGAUUAAUAAAGCCAAAUGAUGGACCUAUAUCAACAUUAUUAACUGUUAUGAAUGAAUAUAGUUUUAAGGCUCCAUCUGAUUGGAAAGGAUAUAGAGAGUUAACAGAAAAAUGA